UAUUAAGGUAUCUUUACUUUUACUCAAGUAUGAUAUUUUAGUACUUUUUCCACCACUGAUUUUGUGUUCCUUUGCAUGAAUGAAGUGCGCUCAUAACUGUGCUCUACUCUAUUUGAGAGUUUUCUGUGUCAUCCUCAUUUAUUCGCAUUAAUACCAAUUAGCUUUUACAAACUUGAAAUAUCGCACCGUUUUUCAUGUUUCCUCAAACGGUCUAUUGGGGAACGUUGAAAUCGGAGGGCCUAGUUCUACUCAUCAUAUAACGGGCGACACGUUGUAAUAUUUUCAGGCGUCAGCCGUCUACGUGACGCAUUUUGCUCUUUUUCCGAAAUUCCAAGGGGCGUUUAAGUGGUCGAUUCCUUUACGGGAUAUGUAGACUUUCGUCUAUGCUUUGGCAAGUAGCAUGCUUUUAAGGUUUAUUUGAUUAUCUGAAAUACCUAAAUUAUAUUCACAUUUGAACUAAUACAUUUAACUUGAAAUUUGGAUGGAGUUUUUUGCGCUAGUCUGCUGCGAAACUUCUAGAGCUGUGGGCCAUUGUCGCGUGCAGUCGCAGCUGCUACUUUGAAUCAAUUCCUUUUCAAGUAGGCAAAAGGAAGCUAAACUUUGUUGCAGGCUACAAAAAUGCCAAGUAAUGAAGUGAAGCAAAGGAAGAAGACCACGGCUCAGAAACAAAAUUACGAACCGGUUGAAACAUCAAAGUACACUUCCGAAAAUGAAGCAAAAGCUACCGAAGGAAAUAGCUUGGCUGAACGUAAAAGCUCAUCGCCGUCCUCCCUGGAUGUGAAAACGAUAACUUGUCUACUGUCACUGAUAGUUUGCAUAGUACUUACAUGGUUUGUAUUGCAGCAGAAUGCAAGAUUCUUCGACGUGGAAGAAAAGUACAAACUACUGUCUGGGAAGACUGCAAGUCUCCUUGAAAUGGAGGAGGAAGUCAUCAAGGUGUCCAAGAAGUGCGAGGGUGUCCAGAGCCUGUUGGAGCAUCUAGAGAGGCAGCCUGGUGGUCUCCUGCCCAACUUGGAGGCCCUGGAACGGGAUGUAAGCCAGCUGAAGGACUGGGCAUCCGGCCUAACGGAGAAACGCGGCCUGCUCCAGGACAGCGUGGCAGCACUGACCGAGGCUGUGGGACAAAUCGAGGGACGGACCUCUGCCAUCAAUAAGGAUGUCAACACUAAGGUGGCGUCGGUGCGGACAGACGUGCGUCGGAUGGAUGGGCUCCGGUCGGAGGUGGAGUCUCUCCUGGAGAAGGUACGGGAGCUGGAGGAGAGGGCCGCCCAGGCUGAACGCAGCAUGGUCAAACGUAUCGGCGACCUGCUGGCCGGCAGCAUCGACCGCAUCCAGGGCCUCAAGGGCGCCACGGAGCGCAACGCACAAGCCCUGGAGCAGCUCAAACGCCGCCUACCUGAGCUGUUCGCCAACGACCGGCAGAUCUCGGAGCGCCUGAGGGAGCUGGAAAGCGGCCGCGCCCGAUUGGUCCGCACAGUGACCUUCGCCGGCGACCUCAAGCCCAAGGUGGCGGCCAUCAAGCGGGACUUCGGGGCGCUGGCUCCGCAGGUGGAUGAGCUGACCCUGAGGAUCGGCCGUCUGGCCGAGGAUCUGACCAGGAGGGAGGAGGACAUCGCAGAGCUACGGCAGACGUUCGCUAACCUCAGCGCUGUGGAUGAUGACCUAGGAGUUGUGACACAGCAGUUGAGUCAGAUAGUUGAGCCUGAGAUGCCCGUAGUGGGAGGAGAGAUGCUUCUGCAGAAAGUCAACGGGAGUGAAGCCCUCCCUCAGACACUGGAAGGAGAGCUGUGAAGGAGUGUUUUUCUAUGUGCUAUAGAUCUACAGAGUAAAUGACAAACUUUCAGCUUGUCACCAAUCAUUCCCUUACAAUAACUUGCACAUUUUUGAAAAUUUGAAAACAGAAUUUGCUGAUCUUUCUGUACAUCCAUGGUCGACCCCACCUAGCCUUUACAAUAGGUACUUCUGGAUUCCUCCCCAGAGAUCUUGAUUAAUGUAAGCAAUAUGGUGGAACCCACAGAAGAACAGGUUACUCCCCCUAUAAUGUACAUUCCAGUAUACUUUCCAUUGACUGUAUACCUAUACAUAUCUUUAGGGGGUGAUACUAACUGGGCCUUUUGUCUAGAAUGCUGACUAACGUAUGUUGCUUUACAAAUUGUAUCCUUGAAUGAACCUGUCCUAUGAGUAGGUUGGCAUUUAUUGCGAUGAAUCUUGAGCGGAGCAAUUUCCACUAGAAGGGCCAGUGGCAAAGUCCAAAAUUCGCUAUAUAGCGUCAAAAGUCAUGAAAACAAAAAUGUGCUUGUUGGUCUUAAUUUAAGUUUAGGGUUGGGGAUAAGGUUAGCAGUGUGGGUUAGGUUAGGUUUAAAAUCAGAUUUUAUGGCUGUGCCAGCUAGUGGCUACCCUGCAGAGCUGCCUCCAGUACAUGAGUCAUCCCAAUAAAUGCCAACCUGUGUCCUAGGAGGCUGGAAUGUUAUUUUUUGAGAAAAAUGGCAUCAAUCAUGGUGACUGAAAGGUCUUGCUGGUCCACAGUUUUGGAAUGUGAGCAGUCUCUUGAACAGUUUCCCCCUUAUCAGUUGUCAGUCUGGCCAGUGGUGGGGUUGUAACAACACUGCUUGACCGCUGUGUGACCUGCACACGGGUAUGUAUUCUCAGGCUAAGGGGCCUGUUCAGGAGGAAUGUUAUGCUACAAUAUGAUUCUGUACAAUAGGGAAUUAUGAUGUCAGCGCUAUACAUUCUACCUGCAAUGUUCUCAAUAGUUCACAGUGCUGAAUACAUGCCCUGGGGUUCCACAUGGCUAGCUAGUCCUGCUAGUUUUUACAUAUCUCUGCCAUCAAUCAAAUCGAAAUGAGUCUGUGGUUUAAAGGUAUAGGGACCUAAAAUAGAAUACUGAACGCUGCAGCCCGCAAGGCAAUGUAGCUUUGCCUGUGUUUACACCAGGGUGUGCAAUCUGUCACCAGGAGUUUAUUCAAUGGGGCUGACUGCAGAGCAAUGCAGGUAGAAAUGUGUGACAUAGAGCUGUGAUUCAUGUCAGAGUUGUUUCUUUUCUGUGUUUAACAUUUUAAUCUGCAAAAUUGCUGACUUUACACUCCUUUGAAAAAAAAACGCGGGCUCAUUCAGUGGGUUACCGUAUGUUCUGAUAGAAAUAUGUUGUGUAGAACAGACAUGAUGAUCAUGUUUGAUAGGGAAGCAUGCCAAUCUAUUGAUUGCAUUUCUAUGGCUACUCCACUGAGCAAGCCUCCAGGUGUUUUACAGGAAAUGUACGUCUGAAGGAGGAAGAAUGUAUCGGAGCUGAACAAUGAGCUGACGACCUCACAGCCAAUCACCAAAGGCCAAUCACAACUUGUUUAAUAUGCACAUUGGCAUGUCAUCUCUAAAGAUAGAGUUGAAUCUACACAUACCUGGAAUUGCUCAACGACAACCAGACAUUAGGACGCAGAUUGCAGCUGGUCUUUGGGUAAAGAGUGUGGACACCAUACCGUUUUAACUAAAGCUAAUUACAUGUACAGAUCACACCACAUGUAUUUACUGUAGCCAUUCCUUUAAACUGUCACAACCCAAUUGUUGUGGUGUUAGGACAAUGCAGAGAUCGUGUUUUAAAGCCUUGGAUAUAUUGUUCUUCGUGUAAGGGAUGUGCUUAAUAAAUUAUGUCAAUUUGAA